UUGUGUACAGACGGUCGUCCGCCCGCCUUGGCGUUUCGCGACUCCGAACAUGUGAUUCGAUAUUCAUAUUUGAGAAUUCGAGAAGUUUGUGAGGAAGAACGAUUUGUGACUUAUUGUGGACUUGUGAGUUCUUUUUUAGUGUGUUUUUGAUGCGUCGCGAACUUCGAUAUAACUUCAUAAAGAUCGCAAUCAGAGAUGAGAUGGAGCGCAGCGUCAGCGGUGAGGUGACGAAACAGUCCAAGAUGGCACACCACACCGUCGACGCGAUACCAUGGGGUGGCUAACUCCGUGACCGCUACCGAGACAGACAUACGCAUUUCGUAUGGAGAUGAACGGGACGGAAGCGCGGGCCGAGGAGCAGGCGGUGGAGCUCGCGUUGAGCGUGGCCGUCACCGUCAUCUCCGCCAUUGGAUUACUCCUCAACGCCUACAUAUUGUUUAUCAUUGUUAUCACAAAACAGCCGGCGUCCGCGUCAUCAGUAUUGUUGGUACACCUGGGCGCAGUGGGUGCGUUGGCCAGCGGCGCCGCCUUGUGCGCUGGUGGUGGCGGCGGUGCGUGCGCGUGCGGCGCUUUACUCCACGCGCUGCACCCUCUACAGCUGUGGACCGUGUGUGGGCUGCACGCCGACCGCGCCGCCGCAAUUGCUGCACCAUUGCAUUACGCUGCCAUUGUAUCUGCACGGAAGGUAAUGAUCUGCGUGGCGAGCGGCUGGGUAGCAACGGCAGCAUUGCUAGCUCCUUUGGCUGCUGCCAAACCUCCGCUGGCGUACAGCAGCGGCCUCGGCAGUUGCGCUCCAGAUUGUAGCGCUGGACCAGCCGCACUAGGAUUCUGUUUACUGUACGCCUUGUUGACUUUACUGCUCCCUGUUGUACUAGUUCUCCUUUGCAGUUUGAAAAUCCUUCGCAUAGCUCGUUACCAUCGACACAGAAUUGCUGCAGCCAUAUACGAAGUAACUUUGUCAGCUCAAGUUACAGUGACCCAUCAACGCAAUCCAUUUUCUCCUCCACCACCACAUCGUCACCGAGCAUUAUCAGCAGUGCUCCAGCCAUUAGGUUCUUUGGCCAUUCUAUAUUUCCCAUAUUAUUGUGUUUUAAUAUGGCCCGCUAUAGCGAUUCCACCUCAGCCUGUAGCAGCUUUGUCGGCCGCUUUAUUAGCAGCUGCUCCACCUGUCAAUGGUAUCUUAUAUGGAAUUAGAAGUCGUGCGCUUCGAGAUUCUCUACGUAAUUAUAGACGAAAAAGAAUGACAAAAAGUGAGGUUACUCAAGAGAUUCAAGCAAGAACACCGAGUGCUUGUGGAUCACGAAGGCCGUCUUUGUCAGCGGGUUCAGGUUGUAUACGACCGCCGACCACAAGGAGACUAUCUGAUGCAGCAGCAAUGGGUUCUAGAGGUUCAGAGCGGCCAGCGCCAAGAGCUGCAUCUUGUAAUAUGCUUCAGGAUUCCCAGGAAGAGGACGUACCUCGGCCUCGAACAUCUGCUAUUCCACUUAUUCGUGCUCCCCCACACGUAGUUCUAGGUAGGGCGCUUGGUUUAGAAGAGACAGGUGUUCGGGGUCGGCGACGGCAAUCUCCUAGAAUCACAGUAACAAGGGCCAUGUCCGAUGAGAGUGAAUCGCCAACCCGUCGCCCUUUGUGUCGACAACAGUCGAGGUCAAGUGGCGCUUUGCUCGGUGGUUUGUCUUACUCGCCAGCUUUAUCAGAGAACGUGAAUGUUGACAAUCCGGACGAGCAGCUCCUUCUCUCAUGGCCACAACAUCAACCUCACGUGAGAUAUAACGCUUUAUAAAACGGGUAUUUUUAUUGAUAGUAUUGCUGAUAGAUGUGCGUUUAGGUGCUUAAUACACACAGCGGUGUAGCGCCGCGCAACACGUUGGACCGUCGCGAUGCGUAAUGGCGAUUCACAAGUUUAUAGUAUUUAUAGUUUCAAUCGACUUCAGAAAGAAGGAGGUGAAUUUAUGAUCAUAUAGAUGUUAUAAGUCUUGGGAGGUUAUCACUGUGCUGGAGGGAAAGGAAUUUUUAGUUAUCGACUACUAUGUUUUCUAAAUAAAAUGUACAAUUAUCCUCCUUUUUCAAAAAGAAGGAAGUUUUCAAUUCGGUUGUAUUUUUUUUAUGUUUGUUACCUCAUAACUUUGGCAGUUAUAAACUGACUUAGAAAAUUCUUUUUUAUCUGAAAGGAUAUACAUACAGAUAGGUUCUAUACAAAAUUUUAACAAAUCGAUUCAGUAGUUUAGUUUUUAAAUCAAAAUAAUUGGUUAAAUAACUGGAUUUGCCACAAUCGAAGUAGUUUUUUUUUAUGGAGCACAAUUCUUUUUUUUAUGCAACUUAAA